AUUCAUCAGGCUAACUGGACUACUCAUUCCAUCCUUGAUGGGGUCUACGCAUAUUCUGAUACUGGGUUAACUGAUUUCUACAUCAGCUUACAGUGGCUCAAGCUUAUCUUUGGUUCGCCAACUAAGCAACAGGCCAAUACAAAACCACAGAUACUCAUAUGGGAUGGAUUUGGAACGCAUGAAACCCUCAAAGUCCUGGAGUUCUGUUUUGAA